UUGCGGGGCGAGGGAGAGUCUUCACAUAUGGAAACAUGCCCAGAUUUGGGGCACCGGUCUCCGGUCGUGUUCAGGCUGGGGUUCCGGCUUAAUUCCAGUCGGGUAACCGUAUUCUGCCGUCCUUAAUAAUAAUUAAUAAUCGUCCCCUCUCAGAUCAGUCAGAUAAGCAAGGUGUCUCUUCGGUUUCAUCCUUUCGCUGCUGGGUGGUGCUGCCAUGCGCUGUUUAAAUGCCACUGUGUUCCCGGCUGGGUCCUGCAGGGAUCCCUCUAUAUAGUAGCUGCCGCUGGUAAUAGUUUGCAAAGUCUGUUGAACCGUUUGGAUGAGUGAUUCUCAACCAGGGCUUUUGGGAAGGUCAAGUUAGUACUUGGGCUAGGUGCCAGAUUGAGAGUCCUGGAGAAGAAAAUCCUCUGAUUCUCUAGAGAACAGUAGAAGAAAUGUCCAAAAAUCUGAAGAUAUGUUUCUUAUUGAUAUUAAUGAAUCAUGCAGGGACUGCAAGUGGUCGGAAGUCUGAUAAAGAUUUGCCUCCAUUAUUACAAAAAGCUGCGGAGGAAGUAAUAGCUGGAAAAUAUCUGCAUGCUUUCCUUGAUAUACUCCAUUUUCAGGGCACUAAUGUAUGGACAACAGAUAUGCCUAAAAAAAUCAUGGCAUAUUUCCAUGCUCAGAAUGUUAUAUUUACUAUUAGCAGCUUACAGAUGUCUAUAAAAAACUACCUGGAGAACCUUUUAUACCAGCCCAAACAGCUGCUGUCAGAUUUUCAACAGAUUAAUCAUCAGCAGUUUCAAACUGCAGUGAAAUAUCUCUUCAGGAGCAAAAAGAACCGUUUUGAAUUGGGAAAUAUUGUUAUUGAUCUGGACAGGAUUAGGGAGAGAAUUUUCCAAAGCCCAGGAGGAAAUAGGACCUUGUUCCUUGUUACAUUGGAGAAAUGCUUUCCAGCUUUGAGCUCUAUGGAAUGUGUGGAUAUACUAAGCCAAGUUCUGCGAGUGUCGUCGGUGAGCUAUCUCCAACCUGAUGUCAUUAGAAGCCUCCCUAAAGAUCUUCCACAAGACACUUUCAGAAACUUAUCAGCUGUAUUCAAGGACCUCUAUGACAAGACAACAGCAAAUGCACAAAGAACUCUGUAUGAUUGGAUGAAGCAGAUUCUGCAAAAAUCCUGUAUCAUCAAUGAGUUAAAUGAUUCAUCCCCUUGGAUCAGUGCAGAAAAUCUAUGGAUUUUGGGAAGAUAUAUGGUCCAUCUUCCAUUAGAAGAAAUUAUGAAAAUUAGUCUGAAUGAAAUGAGACUAUUCAUAAGCUAUGAUAAUGCAACAAAGCAGCUGGAUACAGUGUAUGACAUCACACCAGAACUCGCGCAAGCUUUUCUAGAAAGAAUAAACGCAUCGGGAUUUGAUCUGAGAAACACUUCAACUAUCUACAGGUUAGGCUUGUUGGUUUGUUUUUAUGAUAAUAUGGAACAAAUGGAUGCCAUUGUGGCACAGGUUUUACUUCAUCAAAUGAUGAAAUGCAAUCAACUGAGAGGCUUCCAGGCUGAUGUUUAUAAGCUCAAAGCUCAACUCCUAGACAUUGCCAUGCAAAACCAGACCUUGAAUGAUACCCUUGGGUCUCUGUCAGAUGCGGUGGUUGGAUUGACUUCAAGUCAGCUGGACUCUUUGUCACCUGAAGCCGUGCAUAAUGCUAUUUCAACAUUAAACCAAGUCUCUGGAUGGGCAAAAAGCCAAAUUAUGAUUUUAUCCAGCAAAUACCUCACUUACGAAAAGGUUUUAUCAUUUUAUAAUAUUAGUCAAAUGGGUUCUUUGGUGACUGGAAUUAGUACUCAAUCAUUCUACAACAUGAAUCCAAAGGAGCUCUCUCAAGUUAUUAGAGGCACCUUAUCCCAGUAUGCUUCUGAUUUAUCUCCUGCACAACAACAAGGUAUCCUCACUAAGAUGCUUGCAUCUAGAGAGCUUUCUUCAGCAGUCACAGAUAUACAAGGAGCUUUUUUUAAAGAAGUAUGUCUUUCUGAUUUAUGGAGGGAAACCGGUUUUAACUCUUCAAUAGUAAAAGAAAAAGAAUUACGAAAGAGCCAGGCCUUGUUUCUGUAUGAAUUAUUGUCUAAGAAAACAACAGCUCCCGCUGAUCUCUUAAGGUUAACUGUUUUGGCUUGGAAAUUUUGGAAAACCUCCAACACAUCUAUCCCUCCCUUCCUCUUAUCAGUGCUUCCUGCUCAGUAUCUGGAAUCCAUUUCAGGCACUUCGUGUGUCCCUUUCCUGAUAAGUCUGGGGAAGACUGAACUGGAUCUUAUGAUUCUAGACUCGCACAAAAAGAAUACAGUCCUACAGAAAGUACAGGAGUGUCUGAACGGUUCCAUCAGUGAUGAAUAUGAUGUGGACAUACUUGGAAAUCUAAUCUGCCAUUUACCUCCAGCAAUUAUACGUGAUGGAAUAUCCCUGCGGGCCAUGGCAAUAGCCCUUCACCAAUUCAGAUUCUGCCGACGGCUCAGCCAUGAACAGAAGACUGAAAUUAAAUACAAAUGUACUGCGUUAUAUGGCACCCCAAAGAACUGGACGGCUCAAACAACACAGGAUAUUGGACCAUUCGUAGCUCUUUUGUCAAAAGAUGAAUUAACUGUCCUUGCUGAAAAGUUCCCAAAUACAAUUUUACAAAUAGCAAAGAUGGCUCAGCCAGCAUCUCCACCUGAAGAGUUUCUGUCUGCUAUAUUUGAACCUAUUCGCAACUCCAGUAAUAGCAUUAGAGCAUCUGACCCCACAACUGACUGCACAGGAAUCAUAGCUCCCUCUUCAGAUGAGAUUAUUAAAUUAGCAGAAGCAAAUGCCUUUUGGUCAGUUCAGGAACUGCAGUGCCUGGAUACAGACACUUUUACCAAAAAUGUGGAAUUCCUUGGGACUGUGAUGAGUUUCAACAGAUCCCAGCUUAUUGCCUUGAAGGAGAAAGCUAAGCAGGUUUGGGGUGCACUGCCGGGCUGGAAGAGUUACCAUAUCGUUUCCCUUGGACGCAUUGCCCUAGCUCUCAAUGAGCGUGAAAUAGAAGCAUUGGAUUUAAGUUCUGUUGACACUGUUGCUGCACUUAGUCAACAAACAGAAUGGACUCUUGUCCAGGCUAAAUCCAUUUUACAAGGGUUUCUUGAACACUCUGGUCAGACAGUCCAUGGGCUGAAAAGCUUUGAUUUAGCAGGAUUAGGAGCUAAUCUGUGUGCUCUGAACACCACAGACAUCAAGACCAUAAAGGCUACAGAAUUCAGUGCUGUGAUUGCAAGAGUUGGCUUGUUGCCAUGUAGCAGUCCUGUUCUGGAAGAGUUUAAAAAGGUGGCAGAAUCUGUAUUUGGAAUUGCUGCAGGGUGGAACAGUUCUAUUAUACAUGAGAUUGGUACCAUAGCAGCUGGUUUAAAUGAGAGAGAGUUUACGGCUCUUGACAAAGAUAUGCUGCCAUAUUUCCAGCCAGCAGCCGUAAGACACAUACCUGAUGAAGUUUUCAAAGUGCUGUCCCCAGAACAAAUAGCAAACCUUGGCCCUGAAAAUGCAGCCAUGGUUACUGAAUCGCAGAGAAACCAUCUGAAUGCAUUACAGCUACAGAGUCUUCAGCUGGCACUAGAUGGCGCAAGGACAAGUGUCCAAGAUACACAAACUAACGCAAGCACCAUUCAGUCAACACAUACACCAGCCUCAAAUUGUGCUCACUUUUCCAGUGGCUUCAGCAUUUGGCUGUGUGCUCUGUAUAUCCUUUGUCCCACUUCCUGAAGUGUGAUUGUUAAACUUACUAAGCCUAGAACUCACAUGGGAGUUGAUAGAACAGAUCAUUUAGAAAGCUAAUCAAGCUAUGAAAAUUCAGUGGAUAAAGAGCUGCAGCUCAGCAAGAAUUAUGGAGGCUGAGUCUCUCUGGGAUGCUAGAGCAUAAUAGUGUCUUAAAAAGCAACAAACUGAUCCAGCACACAAUUUCAUGACGCAAGUAUAGAAAACAGCUGCUAUUUUGCUGCCAUAGAUUAAAGAGUUUUAGGAUUCCUCCAAUCCUUUCAAGACAAGUUGGUGUCUGAUGAAAAGACCAGUGAAGGCUUCAGAUUUAUACACAUUACAGAGGAGCCUCAAUUACUCAGGAGACUGAUACAGCGAUAUAGAUUGUUAGGCAGCCAGUGUGCUGUGGCCAUGGCUUUACAUAUUGACCAGUUCAGUCUCAUUGCUUUUACUUUCCUGUCUAUCUUAGCCAUUUAUUGUUUCUUCUUCUAUUUUGGUUGUAAGCUCUUCAGGGUAGGGACUGUCCUUGUACAGUGCCAUGGGAACCUAGUUGAUACCACAAUAUAGAGCCUUUCAUCUUUAGGUUGCUGUUUGAAUCCUCUCCACAUAAGUAGUGACAGGCUGUUACCAUUCAAUGGCUGAGAAUUGAAUGGGCCAUGGAGACUCAGCUAUUCUCAUCCCUAGAAGUGCCACUCCUGACUAGGGUUGAAGCAUAUGGCUGUGACAGCAUAGAGUAAACUUGCUCUGCUGCUUCUCGUGCUGUAGUUCUUGUGGGAAUAAAGGACUUCAGUUCUCAGAAGAGGCACCUUAGUGCUUCCCAGUACACUAAGUUCACACUUCUUAAAAAAAAUAAUCCAGAAAACAUUGUGUUUUAUCAACAUAUAGAUUGUGUCCAGUAUUUAAAAUAGGAAGAUUUUCAUGGCAAGUCCCAAUAUUUUAAACAGUGACAGAUAAAUAAACAAUCCUUUACCUCUUGCUUUGCAUAAUUGCCAUGGAUUCUUGUCAGCAACACAAGCAAAAGACAAACAUUCAUUUUGCAAUUGCAGAAGUCUGUGGAAAAAGAAGACAGUGUUCUGUUUAAGUACAUUUAAAAAGAGGUAGGAUAAUACAGUCUAGAAAAUACUGUUAUUCUUGUUAGAAAGUAGUAUAAUAAAUCAUAUUUCAAAUAUUU